GCUGUCAGCCGCACCGUCUGUCUUAGGUACUGUCAAAACAUUCGACAUCUUCCCAUGAGUACAUCAAAGAUGCCGACGACUCGCUCAACUGAGCACGAUCCCUUCAACCCCUCUGGGGAUGAUGUCUCCACGAAGGCUGAUCGUUGGCACAUCUCAUACAGAGUCCCACUUGGCAUGGUGUCGUUCAUGCUUCUCGGCGUCGGCUUCGCGGUGGCGCAUCACGUCUACUACCAGUCGCUGGACGGCGAGCCAGUCGCGGAGACCAGCCAGGAAUGGGCUGUUCGAAUUGGAACAGGCAUCGCUUUUCUCGCGAAGGCUUUUCUGAUUGCAAGUGCUGGCAUCUCAUACCAACAGCACUAUUGGAGAGUUUUACGUAGUCGACCUGUCUCAGUCACGAGCAUCGACGAUAUCAUGGGGCUUCUUGCGAACCCAAUGUGCUUCUUCAACUGGGAGGUUCUAAGGAAAGCGUGGGCAUCUGUGGUCAUCGCACUUGCAAUUUGGUGCUUGCCUCUCUCCGCGAUAGUCCCGCCAGCAAGUCUGACAGCUGCAUUUUCCCUUGCUGAGCGGCAGAUCACCUCGCCUGUGCCUAUUUUCGACUGGCGAUACAUUGCUUUCGAGUAUCAUUCAGCAGCCUUGAUGAUGUUCACAGACGCGGGUCCUAUCCAACAUCGCAUAGUCACAAGCUCGGCACUUACUGGCAGUAUUCUCCCUAUGACGCCAGAGCAUCUGAACUCUACGUACACACUCACAUUUCAGGGACCUAAGCUUCGCUGCGGCGACGUCCACAAUCAGACUGCAUUCGAUUUAUCGAAGGUGUACACUGCCCCCGUGAAAGGCAUGACCACGCCAUACAAUGCCACGGUGCCAAGCCAGUCGCUCCCUUAUAAGGGAUAUCCCGCAGAGUACGAGUUCGACAUCUGGUUUACAACCCCGGAGCGCAACUUCACAUGUGAGAUGUGGAACGUCACAUACACCGCGAAUUUUACCUUUGUAAAUGGCGAACAAAGAACCUCCGUCACGGACAUCGACUACAUCAAUCGCUUCGUGAUGGGAUGGGACUCGGAUGCGAUGUACUGCUACGACCUCGCCAAGUGUGCAUAUCAAGGCUGGCACGCCGCAGUCGCCUCCAUUUUCACUGGCUUUGUAAGAACAGCAGGGGCCACUGCAGAUAUCACAUGGGACACUAAGAUCUUACAAACUGAUUUGGCAGGAUGUCCCGAGAUGGCUGUGGCAGCAGAUAUGGCAUGGGGUGUGGAAGCAAUCUGCCCGGCACCGUCGCUUGAGAGAGCUAUUGAAUCACUCAGCGAGAAUGCUACGCUUAGCUUCUUCAGCGCAGGCGCAAUCAUCAACUUUCCAAGUUACAGAACUGACAACAUCACAACGACACCAGCUGAUCUCACAAUCUCUACGACUAAGUUGGUACACAGCUAUAACGCACGUUCCCUACUUUUGUCCUAUGCCGUGGCCGUUCUUGCAACACUCAUCAUCUUGCUUGCAGGGCUUCACGCUCUCUGGGCUAAUGGUGUCGGACAUACAAACACCUUCUCAGCUCUUGUGCGCACGACGAGAAAUAAGGAUCUAGACGAGUGGGCGCGAGGGCACUGUUUAGGAUCUGACCCUGUUGACAAGCGUAUCGCCAAGCAGGAACUGCAGUAUGGCUUGUUGGUCGUUGACGACAAAGAUAAUGCAACGAGUGAUUUACGACAUGCGGCAUUUGGGUUCAAGGGGACUGUUACACGGCUGCAGAAAGGCGACAAGUGCAUGUGA